AUGACUCCUAGGAUUGAUUGCUUGUCCGAGGUGGUUCCCGGAAGAACAUCUUGGAGGUUUACGGUUAGGGUUGCCAGAAUUUGGGAGGUUUCCACUUAUCUCAAAAAAAACCAGGUUAACUCCGUUGAAAUGGUGCUUGUUGAUUCAAAGGUUAGUUGUCUUGGAUCUUUUUUUAUUCAUAUGGACUGGUACCAAGAUCCAUGCCACUGUAAGAAAACAAUUGCUCUAUUUGUACCGUUGCUUGCAGCGCUGGUUGGUUCUUACUUCGUUGGACAGUACUAUCAAGUUCUUCGUCAACAACCUGAUCUUGUUCAUCAGUUUUACUCUGAUUCCAGCUCCAUGAUUCGUGUUGAUGGUGAUUAUUCUGAGACUGCAUCUGAUGUGUUGCAUAUUCAUAAUAUUGUGACAUCACUGAAUUUUUCGACAAUUGAGAUCAAGACGAUCAAUUCUCUUGACUCUUGGGAUGGAGGAGUGAUUGUGAUGGUUACGGGUGUUGUUAAGAUCAAGGAUGUGAACAGGAAGCAGAAGUUUGUUCAGACUUUCUUCCUUGCCCCUCAGGAGAAGGGUUAUUUUGUGCUCAAUGAUAUAUUUCAAUUUGUUCAUGAGGAAGUAGUGCAUCCAAAUCUGGUACCGGUGACCUCUGAAAAGAUUGACUCACAGCCACAUGUGUCUGCUUCUUUUGCUGAGCCACCAGCUUCAGACUAUGGUUUUGAGGAAGAAGCAAGGGAAUAUGUCAACUCAGUUCAUAUAGACGAUGAUCCGGUGGACAAGUAUAGUCUUCCUGAGCAGCAUCAGCAGCUACAAGAAGAUUUCGAAUCUGAAGUUGUGGUGGAGGAAACUCCUGCACAGGAGGCAUCUCCACAGGUGUAUAGUGUUGCACAAACUAUCCGUGAAACCCCUGUUGCUCAUGUGGAAGAGUUGUAUGAGGAGCCUGCUAAGAAAACUUAUGCAUCUAUUGUAUGUACAACUGGCAGUUAUCUUUUUUGUUCAUUAGAAAACUUUUUUUGUUUGUUUUAGUUUUGAUACAGUGUCAGUAAAAUUUCUUUACAUUGCCAAUAAACAAAGUAUGGACUAUGCAUUGUGAUAAGUUGAUUUUUUGGGCAAAGAUAUGCAAGGAGAGGAAGAGUGUUUCCAGAUCUGUUGCCGAUGAGAAAGAGGCAUAUGAGUAUAUUGUUAACUAUAUAGGAAAAAGUUUUAGUUGGAUUAAAAAGUUUUAGUUGGAUUGAUAAGACAUUUUGUGAGAAAUUGAACCUGUUGUUGGUCUUGUCUUCAUGAAUUGGGUUCAAAAUAUGUAGCAAAGUAAUUUGAUUUUUCCUAUUAGUGUUUGGUCUUGUCGUCUUAAUUUCCAUAAGUAAACUGAUAACGGGCUACUUGUGUCCCACUUGGGAAAAUACAAUGUUUUCAAUGUCUUUUUAAUCACUUUAAGUUAUCUAACGCGGGUAACGGGUACGGGUAUGGGGAUUUAGGUACCUAUAAGGUAUGAACACGGGUACAAAAGUUGUUAUCCGCGCGGAUAUGAGAAUGAGUACGAGUAUUUUUUAAAACUGCGGGUAUGGGGAUGAGUACUAUAGUACCCUACCCAUUGUCAUCCCUACUAUAUGGUACUUAAUUUAGUUUUUUUAUUUUAAAAAAAUUUGACUAAUAUUUUAAGUUUCAAAUGGGUUAGCCUAUUUUAACAGCUCUAUCUACCUCACGCAGGAAAAUAUUUGGGUUAGCCUAUUUUAACCCUGCUUAUCUUUAUAUAAGUUUAUUAAUUAUAGAUUUAUGUCAACCCGUGCGAAGCACGGUAACACCCUCAACAACUUACCGGAAGCUUUUACAUUGGAAUAUAUUCUAAUUAUAUUUCAUCAUAUAAACCUUUAUAUAGAUAUUUAAAAAAGCAAUAUUAUGAUAUGAUACUAGAUUUAUGCAUACUUGUUAUUUAUUGUCUAAAUACCAUGAAAUAUGUUAACUGAUAUUCAUCCAAUUUUCCCUUAUUCUCUUUAACUGAAAUGCUAAAGGAAAGAUGCAAGAGGGUUGUACUUUUGUUAUGGGAUAAAAUACCAUUUUGAAUUUAAAAGUGCAACUCACUUUCAUAUCGGUCUAUAAAUAUAUCAAAAUUAUAAAUAUAUUUAUAAAUAUUUUUUUAUUAGUCAUUUUAAUGAUGAAACAUAAUUUUUAGAUAGUUAUUUAUUUCUUGAAUAUAUAUUUUAUUGGUUAAUUUAACCUACAAAAUUACUAAUAAAAGAAAUAUGUUUGCAAUUUUUAUACUCCACCGUGAUAAUUGAUGAAACCCAAUCCAACACUUAGUGGUAAUUCAAAUGGAACGCUGGCCCCUCAUUUCAUUAUCUGAUGCCUUGCCGACCCAUGUGUGUGAAGGAUAUUCUUUUUGACAAAGACACUAUGGAUCAUCUUCAUUUCCUAAAAGAAACGUAAUUGUUGAGCUUAAACAAGCAGCAUACCUAUGUGAUGGGAAUUCGUUGAUAGUAUGAAAGGAAACACAAAAUUGUAUGUUUGAAUUGGUGACGAGUUUGGAUAAAUUACAGUGACACUGCGGUUUCAUUUAAACUUUAAUGUGUAGUUUUUGCUAAAAUCAGAAUGAGUUACCGGUGAUUCUUCCAAACUUCGCUUCAAUACAAACAUACACACAGUGACAACAUUGACUACCGGUGUAGUUUUUGUAUGAUAUUUAACAUUAACAUCUUUUCCAUUCAAUGUGAAACUCUUACUUAGACUUGUCA